AUGAGGAGGAUCAUGCUUUCCUUCCUCUGCUUACUGAUGCACCUGCUUCAGGAUGAGACAACUUCGCUUUUAGUUUUGGGAAACCAAGACCUGCAAGAUUCGAUUAAGCCACAGAAGGUAGAGUUCCAUUCGUUAAAUUUCAACACCACUUUGCAUUGGCAGCCUGGGUGGGCCAGAGAGGCCAGAGAUGCGCUCUACUUUGUGCAGUACAAAGUGUAUGGGCAGAGCACGUGGCAAAACAAAGACGAGUGCUGGGGGAUUUCAAGCCAUGUCUGUGACCUAACACAUGAGACCUCUGACAUCCAGGAGCCUUACUACAGCAGAGUGAGGGCAGCCCUGGCUGGUGUCUAUUCCAGCUGGAGCCUCAGCUGCAGAUUCACUCCUUGGAGAGAAACUAUGAUAGGACCUCCAAUGGUCACUGUGGUUCAUAGCAACAAAUCCAUAACAGUAAAGCUCCAGGCUCCACGUUCUCCUUAUAGAAGGAAGAGAGGCAGCAAAAUACCAAUGACAAACUAUUAUGAUCUGCUGUAUCAAGUCUUCAUAAUUAACAACUUGCUAGAUGAGCAACACAGGGUCCUGGUGUAUGAAGGGAAAGACAAGGUUAUUAAAAUAGAAGAUUUGAGGCCUGGAGUCAGCUACUGCAUCGUGGCUAAAAUGUACAUGCCAAUGCUGGACCACAGCAGCGCCUACAGCAGCAGGCAAUGUACCGUGCUGCAGUGA